AUGGCAUACAAAGGUGUUAAAGAUCGCAUCACCCUUCAGCUGAGCUAUGAUGUUAGCAAGCUCUGUGAAAGCAGAGUGAGGGAUACAGGCCAGAACCAGCUUUCGUCUCAGGAGGGUUUGGUGGAGUAUCCCCCCCGUCCCAUGCAGAGCCCUCCCCCUCUGCGGCGAGCCAGCCUUCCUCUUUUCACCACGACCUUUAACUCUGCAAACCCCACUCCCCCUUUCCUCAACACACCAGCCCACACCCCACCCCUCUUCCUGGAUGCUCUGGAGGGUGGCUCUACCUUGGCCCACCGUGAGACCCAGUCUCUGCCGACUGACACCAGUUUGCUCUUUGACUUGGACUACCUGACGUCUAGCCAGCAGAGCAACACUUUGUCUUACCAGCUCCAGACCUCCUACCCCACCAGCCAGCCUCAGCUCCAACCUCAAGCAUCUCUGCCCCGCAUGACCUACCUCACACCAUCCCCCUACCUCACCCCUAACCCUCCAGAGUCUAAUCCUACUUCCUACUUGACUUUUGGCCCUGGAGGAAACUCGACAGGAGUGGUGACCUAUUCCACCACGGGUCAUGCCUACUUUCAGUCCCAGAGUGCAGGUCAAAUCCUACUGCAGUCAUCUGGUCACCACGCUGGGAUUACAGCGUACCAGUCUUACCCAUGGGGCAACAUGUGCAGUCAGCCAGCCAUGCACCAGCGUACUCAGUGCCCUCCUGCUUACCCUGGCAGCUUGGGACCUGGUCGAGAGCACCAGCCUACCUCUUCCACCACCCUCCCUCUUCCUUCGUUCUUCCCUGGGGAGGACCAGGAGUCCUUGCAUGCAAAUUCCCAGCAUCCUUCACUCAACCAGACUUUCACAAGCAGCACCACCAGCACUGCCACCGUCCUGCCACCUGUGUCAACGCUGCGGCCCUCUUGCCUCAGGGUGGAGGAUACUCCAGCCAGGGAGUCAUUGCUAAUGCCCUCACAGGUCAACGCAGGCUCUCCAGAAAGCCCUGCAGUGCCCUCUUGUGUCAAAAUUGAGUAUGACAGUCCUAGAGAGAUCCACAGCCACUUCCACUGCGACUUUUCUCCCAUACAUUUUUGACUUUAAGUGUGUGUGAGCAUGUGUGCAUGUGUUUCAACUGUCUAUGUAAAUAUAAUGUGUGUGAAUUUCUAAAUUUCCUGUUUUUGUUACUAUUAGGAUGUUCUCAGCCGAAAUGUGAAAGCCACCAGGCUGUAGUUUGCUGGCUACAAUAAAUGC